AUGGCUCAGGCUGCCCUCAAAAUCUCUCUGAGGAAAAGAUUUGAUGGGAUGCUGUUUGGAGAUCUGGCAGAACUGGCAGAUAAAGCGGCCAAGUACGAGGAAUUGCUCAGAGAGGAACAGCAGAAGAGAAACUCUUCCAAAGGCACGUAUUAUAAAUCCCCUUCCUCCUCAAUACAUAUGAUUGAAGUAGAGUCAGAAGAAGAUGCGGAGGAAUCAGAGGAGAGAGAGGUUGCAGUUGCGGAAAUGGCAAAAUUAAAGCAUCCCAUCAGUUGUAAAACUCUUACAAAACCCCAAGGGAUCAGAAGCCGCCACCAUUCACAGGAGGAUGCCUUGUUUGAUGAAAUGUUGCUACAGAAAGCAAUAGAGACACCUCACAGAAUGCCCAAGCCAGAAGAACUCAAGGGCAGACAGUAUUGCAGAUGGCACAAUUCUUGGAAUCAUUCUACCAAUAGUUGUGUUGUUUUCAGAGAUGUCAUACAGGAAGGGAUAACAGCAGGAAGGCUGAAGCUAGCAGAGAAACCUCCAUCUGUCACCACAGAUCCUUUUCCCCAGCCACAAGUUAACAUGGUCAACCUAAAUUGGCCAGAACGGAAGAAGGACAGACCAGCCAUGCAGGCUGGCUCCAGUGGAAGCAGAAUAGUUUCAAAGGAGACUAUGGAAAGACCAAAAGCAACCAUUUCAGCUGGAAUAGUGCUCUGCAGCAGGUGCAAUUGUGAGGCUGAGUUGGAAGUAGUCCUGGAAAAACAGGAGCUGCCCACUCCAAGUGUUUUUGACCGGAUCGGAACCACGCCCCAUGAUAGGGUCAGACAGAGAAACUACCCUAGGCCUGUCCAAUCCAACAGAAGAGUGACUAAGCAGCCCAAGGAGGAAAUAUCAAUAAAAGUGCCCGGAAGUGACAAACCUUUGGCGGCCAUCAUUGAAGGCAGGUGGUAUUCUGUCGGGAAGAAUGGCAGACCAACAAUGGAGCUAACAAGAACCCAAAGGAGAAGGGUUCAGAGACAGUACUGCACAUUCCUCAACAACGAGAAAAACGCACAGGUGCUUCCAAAGGCCAAUUCUGCCAAAAAAGGGAAAGAACCAGAAAUACUUCCCCAGACAGAACAAGCAAUCUCUCAACUACAGAAGUUGACAAAAGCAGAAUCCUCAGAGAAACCUUCUAUCCAUCCUGCCUCCGCCUCAAGAGGUCUACUUGAAACUCCCCAACUAGAGGAAAGAACCGAUCCUGUUCCAGGAGAAGGACAAGAAGACUGGGUUGAGGAAGAUGAAGAGGAGCAGCUGGAUUAUGAGCCAUCUACAGAUGACCAGAAUACGCUCCUCGGGACAGAAGAACUGGGAGAAUGGACGGAGGAAUAUGAUGGAGAACAGAUGGAUUAUGACGGAGAGUUGGAUGCGGAAACUGAGGCCUUUGGUGCAGAAUUGGAGGACUUGUUACGUGCUGACCUAGGCAUCAAUAUGGUGUUCAUUCUGCCAGAAAAGUUCUGGGCGGUAGAAGGACAGAAGAGCACUCUGGACGGAGACGUAUUUUCCCAAGAAAGUUUUGAAUGCAGGUUGGCAGAAACGGAAGAAAUGCCAGAACAGCAAACAGGCAAUCCCAGGAUAGAAGGAGCAACCCACAAGCUGGCAACAGGUCCCCUUUGCUUCUCCAAACCAACCAAAGAAAUGGCAAACCACCUCAGACCCUUGUUUAUAACAGCAAACUUUGGGGGUGUUCCUAUCCCCAAAACCAUGGUAGAUGGAGGUGCAGCCAUCAACCUUCUGCCUCACAGAAUGCUGAGCAAAAUGGGCAGAACAGAAAAGGAUCUAAUCCCAACCCGCCUGACCGUCACCAACUUCGCAGGGGGCAUCACCAAAACCCUUGGGAUUCUGGAUGUAGAUGUCUUGGUAGGAAGCAAGAAGCUGAAGGUUGCAUUCUUUGUGGUAGAUACUACUCCACCACUUACAAUGCAUUGCUUGGCAGAGAUUGGAUUCAUCAGAGUCUGUGUGUUCCCUUCCACUCUUCAUCAACAGUUAGCUUUAUGGAACGAAGAUGGCUACAUGGAGAUAGUAGAGGCCGAUCCACGGCCAUUCCUACCUUCUGCCAUGUGUUGUGAGGCAAGGUACUAUCAUGAUGACCUUGGUCCUUUCACUUUCUUUGGAGUCAACCAGAACGGCCGCCCCCAUGGUGUCACGGCCCAGAGACUCAUUGAAGAAGGUCUAACCAAUUCUUUGGAGGAUUGGAACAGACCUUUUGUCCUAAAUUUCCAAAGCACUGAUGUUUAG